AAACUCCAGUAAUGCCCGUGGUAGCUAAGCAACAAGUACGCUAAAAUGACGUAACACGUAGAAGUGCGUUGUCUCUAUGGCUGCAGAGCAGGCACAGACUGACCUCAGAUAGCACGCUGUUUGAUACUACGUUCAGUUCAGAUAAGGUGGCCUGAUGUAUCACAAGGAGAGGAGCAUCCAGAUUAAAAACAGCGCCUCGGCGUUGUACAACAACCUCGACGUGCUGCGCAUCGCACCGACGCGCCUCACCUACUUCACGGUAGUCCAUGCUAACGUGGUCAACAUGGUCAGCGCGUCCUGGGAUGGUCUCAACUACUCCCACCGUCAGCUGCAGUCCAAGGAGCCCAAUGUGGCCACAAGCACAUCGCUCAUCAUGCAGGCCGCUUUCUGUGUUCUGCCAUCUCGUGAUUUGCUGGUGGUGACAUCUCAGAAGGGCAUCCAGAUGUAUGAAUCUGAUGGCUCUAUCAUGGUGUACUGGCAUGCAUUGGAUACACCUGAAACACCUACAGGAAGUAAUAUCACCUUGUCUGAAGUCCUGGAAGAGCACAAGGAGUCAAUUACUGAUAUAGCAUCAGAGUGUUCUGGCUGCCAGAGCUACAUAGCUAACUUGGUAACAGCUGAUGAUGGGGGCACCUUGUGUGUAUGGAAGUCUGGGGAGGAAUUUCAACUUCUCAACAAGAUCUCUGGCUUUGACGUGACUUGCUCAUCUGUCAAGUUGUGGAAAGGCACAGUGGUGGCAGGUUAUGGCACGGGCCUUAUCCGACUCUAUGAGGCAAUAACAGGCAUUCUGCAUGCUGAAGUCAACGCUCAUGCUCGCUGGAUAUACUCACUGGACAUUGCUCCAUUUUCCGGACUGCUCCUGUCUGCUGCUGAGGACUCCUUUGUCAGGGUGUGGAAUGUUACUAUGACACCAGAAACCAACAGUGUGGAGAUUGGCCAUUUGCAUAACGAGUGUGUGACGGAUACACAAAUCUGCGGGGCUAAGUUCUGUGAUAGCGACGGCUAUGCUUUUGCAGUGACCGGCUAUGACCUGAGUGAAAUCAUACGCUAUGUACAGACAUAGGUCUUUGCAGUCAUUGUAGCCAGCUGUAUGAAUGUGAAUUUGGUAGAGAUAUAGAUAUGUAUCAUAUACUGAACAUAGCCCUUUUUGGGGGCAGAUCAUAACAAUAAUGGCUUCCUGUUUUUAUCUCUUCAGAAGUUAGAGGCAGAUUGCUAAACGACAAGAUAAUGCAGUGUAUUUCAAGUGUUUGUACAUAUGUUGUAUACAUACUUAUGUGGAUUUAGCAGACACAAAUAAAUGUGUCAGACAUAAUUUAUUACUUAGAAUAAACUCUU